UAACAGUUGAAAGGAAUAUUACAUUUAAUUGAAUUCGACGAGUGUGAACUAUUCGUGCAAAACUUCAAUUGAGCCUCAAUCCAAGUUCUUAAACGGCAACGAGGAUCAAGGGACAUGUUCUAACAACUAUGUAUUGCAGUUUCCCUUAAAUGAUCACUUCUAAUCAAACUUUUUACCCCAUAGCACAUCCGAACAUUGUAUUGUACAUCUAUCAAGGGGGUCUUCAAAGUACAGAGGAGGCCAUAGAGUACGCAGUACCGGUGUUAGGCAUGCCUGUUUUCGCAGAUCAGAACACUAAUGUCAACCUGUUAGUACAAUAUGGAGUAGCGAAGUCACUGGAUCUCUCACAUCUCACGAAGGAAACGUUCAAACAAGCCGUGACUGAAAUAAUUACAAAUCGAAAAUACAAAGAAAACGUCACAAAGCUCCGCGACCUGUUCAGAGAUCUGCCCUAUCAGCCAAUGGAGCACGCUACGUGGUGGAUAGAACACGUUAUCCGUCACAAAGGAGCGAAACAUCUUCGCAGUGGGUCACGGGACUUGGACUUGUGGAAGUUCCACCACUUAGACAUUCUAGCGAAAGAUUAUGCAAUAUAUGAAACGCAAUGA